CCCAUUCGGUUUCAAUCACCACAAAACCUUCUCUCUCUCCCUCUCCGGUUUUGAAUUUCUUCCAAUUUUUGUUCUUCAUCGAAUUUAUUUAUCCGCUAGGGUUCGAUCAUUCUUUCAAAUAAUCAUUCUACAAUUCAUUCUUGGGUUCUCAAUUUCGUCUCGCUUUAGCUCCUAUCCCUCAGUAAUACUCAUACCCAAUUUUGCACCAAAAACUUCAAAUUUAGGGCACAGUUGAUUAGGGUUUUCAAUGCGGCCGUUUGUUUCGACAUCGAAGGCUGUUCGGCAAUUAAUUUGGCGGAGGAACGGAAGUAGGCGAUUGGUGAGGUAUUCAGGGUACGAUUCUGAGUUAGGAAAUUAUUCUCAGAUUCGAGAUUUGAGUAGCAUUGCUGGUUCUAGGGUUUUGAAGGGUAAUAAGGACGUUGGAUUUUACGAGGAUUUCAAUUGCGUUAUUCAGAGAAGGGGUUUUCUUGGGUGUGGUGAUGGGGACGAGGGCAAUGUGCUGUCCAAAGUAUAUGAGGAGAGGCGUAUUUUAGGGUAUUCUCCUGAGCAAUUAUUUUCCGUGGUUGCUGCUGCUGAUUUAUAUGAAGAUUUUGUUCCUUGGUGCCGACGAUCAGAUAUAAUUCGACACAAUCCAGAUGGAUCAUUUGAUGCUGAGCUGGAGAUUGGUUUCAAAUUUCUUGUUGAAAGCUAUCUUUCCCAUGUUGAACUAAACAAGCCAAAGUCCAUUAAGACAACUGUAACUGAAAGUGGUCUUUUUGAUCAUUUGAUAAACAUUUGGGAAUUCAACCCGGGGCCUGAUCCAGGAACUUGCAACCUUUAUUUCUUGGUGGAUUUCAAGUUCCAAUCACCACUCUAUCGACAGGUGGCUUCCGUGUUUUUUACGGAGGUAGUCUCUCGACUUGUUGGAUCAUUCCAUGACCGUUGUCGUCAGAUAUAUGGUCCAGGAGUUCCUGUUGUUGAAACAACUUAUGAACAGAAGGCAUAAAGUUUGCUUUGCAGUUGAACAUACCAUGUGUACUUAAGUGCCAAAUGCAUCACUCUAUGACACCAUUUUGAAUCCAGAAAAUUAGAUUGAUGCUCCUGACGCAUUCAAAUCCAGAAGGUUAACAUCUCUAGUUCUUUUUUUUUUUUUGGUUUUGGUGUCUUCCUUUAUGGUUGGAUUUUGUGGUUCUUCUGCCUGUUAGAUAUAAUUAAUGUCAGUUGUAUCUUGAGCUGGUGAAAUAAUGAAAUUUUGGAUAUAGGCAAA